GGAGGCGGAAGCGGAAGCGCGCGUCCGCCCGGCAGUGAUGGCAGCCGGGGGUCUGAGCCGCUCGGAGCGCAAGGCAGCCGAGCGGGUGCGCAGGCUGCGGGAGGAGCAGCAGCGGGAGCGCCUCCGCCAGGUGUCGCGCAUCCUGAGGAAGGCGACGGCCGAGCGCAGCGCAGAGGAGGGCCGGCUGCUGGCCGAGAGCGAGGACCUGGUGGCCGAGCUGCAGGGCCGGAGCCGGCGGCGUGAGGGCCUGAAGCGGAGGCAGGAGGAGGUGUGCGACGACCCGGAGGAGCUGCGGAGGAAGGUCCGGGAGCUGGCCGGCGCCGUGCGCAACGCCAAGCACCUGGUCGUCUACACCGGCGCGGGCAUCAGCACGGCAGCCUCUAUCCCAGAUUACCGGGGUCCCAAUGGAGUGUGGACGCUGCUUCGGAAAGGGAGGUGCGUCAGUGCUGCUGACCUGAGUGAGGCCGAGCCGACCCUCACCCACAUGAGCAUCGCCCGCUUACAUGAGCAGAAACUGGUGCAGCACGUGGUGUCUCAGAACUGCGACGGGCUCCACCUGCGCAGCGGGCUGCCUCGAUCAGCCAUCUCCGAGCUUCAUGGGAACAUGUACAUUGAAGUCUGCACGGCCUGCACUCCCAACAGGGAGUACGUGCGGGUGUUCGAUGUGACGGAGCGCACCGCCCUGCACCGACACCAGACAGGCCGGGCCUGCCACAAGUGUGGGGCCCCGCUCCGGGACACCAUUGUGCACUUUGGGGAGAGGGGGACCCUGGGGCAGCCUCUGAACUGGGAGGCAGCCACCCAGGCUGCCAGCAAAGCAGACACGAUCCUGUGUUUAGGCUCCAGCUUAAAGGUUCUCAAGAAGUAUCCACGCCUCUGGUGCAUGACCAAGCCCCCCAACCGGCGGCCCAAGCUCUACAUUGUGAACCUACAGUGGACCCCAAAGGAUGACUGGGCUGCCCUGAAGCUUCAUGGGAAAUGUGAUGACGUCAUGCAGCUCCUCAUGGAUGAGCUGGGCCUGGAGAUCCCCCCCUACAGCAGGUGGCAGGACCCCAUAUUCUCCCUGGCGACUCCCCUGCGGGCAGGUGAAGAAGGCAGCCACAGUCGGAAGUCGCUGUGCAGAAGUCAAGAGGAACCCCAGCCGGGAGACCAAGGUGCACCACUUAGCUCAGCCCCCAUCCUAGGUGGCUGGUUUGGCAGAGGCUGCACCAAACGCACCAAAAGGAAGAGAGUGACAUAAACUGGUGCUUGACUGAGAACGACAAUUGGCACUUUGCAGAUGGCUGGAACUCUUGAGUCAGGGGCUAGUGGCACCCAGAAGGCCAGCACAGCCCCGCAGGGUCUAGUGAGAAUUCUCUGGGGUUGAUGUUUUCACCGUGACAUGUUUAGCCAUUUGUCUUGGUGGGAAGCCUCCUUGCACUGCUGUGCUUGUCCCCUGCCCCCAUGGGCCUGAGUGUUGACACCUGGCUGGUCAGCUUCCUAAAGGCAGCAGCCACGCCUUCCUAUGAGAACAGAACUGGCCAGCCAAGAGGAAGCACUCGCUGCCUUACCUCAUUCAUCAGGCUAGUCUCAGGGGCUUCAACCCUAUUUCUACUUACUAAGAAUGUUAACUUUAUAGUAAACCUUUUUCUGUAUAGGUAUGCGGCAAAGGGGUGGUUUUGAGCCUUCACUCUCAGCAGACCUUUUUAUUGUUAUUAAACAUUUCUGCACUGU